AUAGUCUUCGAAUAAUAUGGCGCGAACCAGGGGCCAUUUUGGAAGCAUUUUCCCAAGUUAUUUUGAUCUUUGGAGACCAAGAAGAUGAAAAUAAUUGGAAAAAGACUUUAGGAAGAAGCUGAGGAUGUCGAAGUUUUGGCAACAUCCUAAUGUGAAUGUCUUCAAACAUUUCAACAUUGGAGAAUGGAAGAAGUGCUCAAAAGAAGGCGAGGUGUCAACCAUUAUGGACAAACAGGUGAAAGGCACAGUUUACAGAAUCACAGGCUCAAUUCCUGCCAGCAACUUUAUCCAGUUUCCUCGCACUAGCACUCAGUCCUUGGGAUUGACUGGUCGCUACCUCUACUGUCUCUUGCGACCAAUUGCUGGCAAGUAUUUUGUGGUACACAUUGACGUGGCAACAGACGAUGGACUGACCAUCAGGAUCUCCUUCUCUAACAUGUUUAAGGAGUUCAAAUCAACAUCAACAUGGCUACAGUUUCCAUUUGUGUCAAGCCCUCCUCCUGGUUCGGUUGAUGAGGUCACUCUUGGUGAAGCAGGCACCAUAAGCAGUCUUGUUGGCACAACUUCUCAGACAACUCGUUGGACUGUUUUGGUACUAGACUUCCGAUACAUCCUCUCUGUUUACUUAAACCGUCAGUAUGCAUACAUGAAGACCAUGCGCUUCUGUGCCAACAUGUUUCUUAAAGGACUCUUCACGAGUGAUAUAGAUUAUAUGCCUGGGAUAUCUGCUUCUGAAGCCAGAAAGUUAGGCUUGCUGGACCAAGGUGUAAGUCCCUUGCCAAGAGAAAUGACAUUUCCCUUACCAAAGGGAGCAGAUUGGCAUGAACUGUAUGACUAUAUCAAGUUUCCACCUGAUUCUAAAAUUGCUCAGUUUGGAAUCAUGGCAAAUGUCAAGUCUACACUCGCUCGCCAUAAAGAUGAUGUAGCUGAUGUCAAUUCUUGGGAGGAAAGUGCUCAUUAUCAGGAGAAAAGGACAAAGUUAAAUCAGGUCAAUCAUGUUGAUGUGCGUGGAAAGCCACCGCAAGAGACCUUGGGAAGUAUUUAUGCAAGAGGCGAAGGCAAGGUAUGGGUUACAUUGUGGACACUUUUUUUGGAUCAUGUUUACUAUAGUACUAAUCAAUAUACUAACUGGAAUACCAUAUUGCGAAGACAUGUAAUUCCUACUGCUCUUCCUACUGUGGGGGUCCGUGGAGCCAAAUUGGUAGAUGCCAACAGUGGAGAAGUGCAUGUAUAUGCACAUCCAAGCAAAACUGUUAUUAAUCUUCAACAGCAAAAGGAAAAAGAUAAGGUAGAAAAAGUGGAAAUACCAAAGGUUGCAAAGGCAGGAAACUUCACGACUCUUAAACCAGAUCCCAUUUUGUCACUGAAAAGAGUAGUAGGGUUUGGAGGUGGUACCUCCGAUGAGGCUUUAUGGACAAAGAAUGGUGGCUGUGUAGUCUAUCCUUGCCAUGCAAUCAUCGUAUCAAUGGAUGUGUCAUCUGGGCAGCAACAGUUCUUUAUGGGCCAUACGGAUAAGGUUUCUGCUCUGGCAUUUGAUGGCCAAACAGAUAUUUUAGCUUCAGCCCAGACAGGCUCCCCUUCUGUUAUCAGAAUAUGGAAGUACCACUUGAGAAAAUGCACUGCUAUGUUCAGAGCUGAAGUGCAUAAUGUACACUGUAUAAGGAUGGUUGUGGUGUGGGAUGUCAGCCAUGCCAUUAGGGGUGGUGAAGUGUCCAUUGUUGCCAAGGCACACACUGAUGUUGACAUUCAUCGCAUGAGAAUAGCAGAGUUUGAUGAUAGCAGGUUGGUCUCAUGUGGUAACGACAACAUCCGUUUCUGGCGAAUCCGUCAUGGCUCUUUGAGGUCUUGUCCACUUGAUCUUGGUCGUCAUGGUUCUGCUAACUUCACUGAUAUAGCUUAUGGAGACAAGGAUCCCUUGAGUGCAGAUCCUACAGUUAGGAAAGUAUAUUCUUGCACUACUCAAGGCACUAUGUAUCAGAUUGAUUAUCAGAAGAUCAUACUGGACAAAGUCAUCAGACUCCUUCCUAUUGGUUCUCGCCAUGAUCCGGUCGGCAAAUAUGGUGGCACUACUCCAACUGAGUUUGGAAUCAGGCUAAAUUCACUCUGUGUAAAUGAGUCAUUCUGUGCUACUGGAUCAGAUGAUGGUUACCUUCGAUUAUGGCCCCUAGAUUUUUCAACUGUGUUCCUAGAAGCUGGCAAUCAAAAGCUGCUCUCUUUCAUAACUUACAGCUCUUCUAGAGAGAGGUUUCAACUCUUAUUUGCACAGCAAGGAAAUCUUGGUGUGUUAGAUACAUCAGCAAGGACCUACUCGACUCUGAUGAGAUCACACACUGACAAAAUUUUAGCCAUGUCAUUUGAUUUGACUCACCGUUACCUGGCCACAGUAUCAGCUGAUCAAUCAAUUAGAGUCUGGGACCUUGACACUCUUGCACAGCUGUUUGACUUUCAAGCUCCAGGAGAGCUUCCCUGUGCCAUUGCGUAUCAUCCUCAACAGCAGUGUUUUGCCUGUGGAUUCAUGUCUGGCUGUGUCAGAGUGUUUCAUGUUGGAACUACAAAUCUCUUAGCGGAGCAUAACCAACAUCCUGGUCAAGUGACUGGCUUGGUGUUCACCCCUAAUGGAGAGUUCCUACACAGUGCAGGAGCACUAGGUGCUCUAGCACUGUAUGAUGCAGCUGAUGAUGGAUUCCAGUUGAUUCGCAUGCUUCCAAACACUGUUGUGAUGGGUGGCAAGUUUGGCCCACAUGUACUGAGUGUAAGUGAAGACAGCCUGAAGCUGGCAUACAUUGGACCAACAGAAUUCACAGUGACAGUCGCCAAUGCAAGAUCUUUGGAUGAGGUAAGGCUUGCAACCCAGCUGGUNCUUUCAAACAACUCAUGCUUGAACAUGAGAGUACCCAGAGCUCUGUAUCUUUGGUUUCUGCAGGUUUUUAUUGGUCAUUCAGACCAUAUUCAGCAAGUAGCUUUUACUCCAGACCAUCUUGGUCUUGUCAGUAUAGGUGAGGCCAUCUUGCUGUGGGAUUUCCAUGGAAGAGGAAGGCAGCUACAGAUAAAUGGUGGACGAGAGCCUCAGAAAAGCUAUAUCCCUGAAGUUCCAGACAGAACUGUGAGAAUCACUCCUGAAAGGCCGUACAGCCCACCAAGUGGUCACCCCCACACAGUCACGCCCAGAAAAUCUGUUCCCAUACCUACUAGGUUUGAACCUCCUCAGUUUGAUGUCAGUCCCAUUCCUGCUGAUGCACAUGAUGAAAGGUUUCCAGGUGACCAUGACAGAGCGACACAGAGUGAAUUUCAUGACCGUUAUUCCCCAAAGAAAAGCCCUCAGAAACAGACUCCAGAACAUGUUGAUGAACAUACUUCUCCUGUCAAGACAAAAUCACCUGCUAGAAGAUUAAACUUUAACAUUCCUGCAGUUGCCGGAUCAAUGGUUCCAAAUGCUGAUGUUCAUCUUGCCCCCAAGGUCACUAGGCACUACAAGCGACGUCCAUGCAGCUCCUUCUUGGCCGAGCGUAGAUACACAGCUCCACCUAACCAGGCAGGACUUCAGCUUAAAUCUGUUCUUGGAUACAAUGGAAAUGGAAGGAAAAAUAUGGUCUGGAAAUAUGACACAGGACUUUUUGCAUACACCAGUGGUUGCCUUGUGGUUAUAGAGGACCUUCAUUCUGGUACUCAGAGACACCUCAUGGGGCACACAGAAGAGAUAUCCACCUUGGCCCUUCAACAUGAUGGCCUAAUACUGGCCUCAGCCUCUGGGCCUUCUGACACUAUAGGCAGUCAAAUUUGCUUGUGGAAUUUAAAAGAUGGAGUGUGUAAGAAGGUUUUGUCCUACCAUGAGCAUGAGAUAGUCUGCUUGGCAUAUGCCCGUGAUGACAGAUUCCUUGUGUCAGUUGGUGAUUACAGGGAGUGUUCUGUGGUAGUGUGGUGCACUAGAGAUCUGGUAGUACUUGCUGCAUCCUAUGCCAGACAUCCUGUUCACGAUGUCAUGUGGGAUCCGUAUACUGCUAAUGAGUUUACCUCUGUGGGGCAAGAUGGCUCUGUACUGUUUUGGCUCCUUGAUGAGACUGGUGAUAAAAUGACUCUUAAUGUUCACGAGCCAGAAGUGCCAAAGGAACUAGUGCAGUCCAGGAAAGUGAGAGAUGAGCACUAUGAUUUUACAGCCUUGUGGUAUGCAGGAGACAGUGUCAUGUAUGCUGCUACCAGCUCAGGAAUGCUAUCUGCAUGGGAUACCAGACAAAACAAGUGCUUCAUACACUGGGAAGGAGAUUCCUCAGAAAUUGUGCACUUUAAAGUUUUGUCCUACCAUGAGCAUGAGAUAGUCUGCUUGGCAUAUGCCCGUGAUGACAGAUUCCUUGUGUCAGUUGGUGAUUACAGGGAGUGUUCUGUGGUAGUGUGGUGCACUAGAGAUCUGGUAGUACUUGCUGCAUCCUAUGCCAGACAUCCUGUUCACGAUGUCAUGUGGGAUCCGUAUACUGCUAAUGAGUUUACCUCUGUGGGGCAAGAUGGCUCUGUACUGUUUUGGCUCCUUGAUGAGACUGGUGAUAAAAUGACUCUUAAUGUUCACGAGCCAGAAGUGCCAAAGGAACUAGUGCAGUCCAGGAAAGUGAGAGAUGAGCACUAUGAUUUUACAGCCUUGUGGUAUGCAGGAGACAGUGUCAUGUAUGCUGCUACCAGCUCAGGAAUGCUAUCUGCAUGGGAUACCAGACAAAACAAGUGCUUCAUACACUGGGAAGGAGAUUCCUCAGAAAUUGGUGUACUCAUAGGCCAUGGAGGUACUCUUAUGGCUGGCAGCAUAACAGGAAAUCUCAGAUUGUGGUCUACGAUAGGCGUGAAUGAAAUGCGACUUCCUGGAGAGCCCAGCAGGUUAUCAAGUAAUGGCCUAGUGAUGGAAGAUGAAAUGACACUAGACGGAGCUAUCAUUUCUGCUUCAUUUGAUGAAGCCCUAGAAACUGGUAUAAUUGGCACCUCAUCAGGUACAUUAUGGUAUGUUAACUGGGAUGAAAGAACCAGCAUCAGGCUAGUCAGUGGUCACGCCCAGCGGAUUAAUGACCUGCUUUUCAGUGGUCCUGAUGAUCAAUAUUUUGCUACAUGUAGCACUGAUGGUAUUCUACAUCUGUGGAGCAGGGAUAGCUUGGAACAUCUGCAGUUUCAAGUUCUUGGACAAACCUGCAAUUGUGUGUCAUUCAGUCCAGUGCCUGCAGCCUUUCCCACCAAGUCAGUCACAAAUGAAGGACAGACAGUAGCCACUGUCCAUCCACAACCUCAGCCUGGUGAUGAGGCUGUGAUUCACCCAUCACACUGUGCAGCUGGAUACAGCGAUGGGACCAUCAGGAUAUUUGACCUGGGAAAAGUGGAAAUGAUCAUGAAGAUGCAACCUCACGCUGCUUCAGUUACUGCAAUAUCAUUCUCAGCUCACGGAAGAGUGAUAAUCAGUGGAGCAGAAGAUGGCUUACUGGCAAUAAGUAGUCCCUCUACAGGGCUGACAGUCAGACUACUGAAUGACCAUAAGGGAGCACCAAUCACAUGCAUUCAUGCAUCAUCUGUUAAGGAUCAACAGUACUCUUUAUCAUCUCCAUUGUUGUGGCUGGCAGCAAGUGCUGAUCGUCGUGUUAGUAUCUGGAGUGCUGAUUGGUCCAAAGACUUCUGUGAGUUGGUUGACUGGCUGACGUUCCCUGCCCCACCCAUUGGACUGGAUGGAAAAGCUAUCAGGAGGGGAGACCCUGCUCAGUUUUCUCAGCUACCUCCCAGCCUGGCUCAGUUCUCUCCUACAGACCCUGACAUUGUUGUCUACACUGGUUAUGGAAUGCAAAAAGUUGUGCAGUUCUACAGUCUGUCUCAGAAAAAGGUAGUACGCGCUGCUCCAUUGACACAGUGGGUGACGUCCAUGGAUAUAUCACCCAAAGGGCAUCUCAUUGCUUUUGCAACAGAAGAACGACUUGUCAAACUUAUGGACUACAGUGAGGGAAGUUUUCAAGACUUUCUGGGACACUGUGAUGUUGUUAACAAUGUAAAGUUUGCACCAUCAGGGGAAUUGCUGUGUUCAACAAGCCAUGCAGAAAUCUUGAUGUGGAAUGUCAAGGCGUAACAGGAUCCUGCUUAUCAAGGCAUUUGUGGAAAGGUUUCUAACAGAAAAUGACCCAUGUGGCAAUACCCGAUGGCUACACUGUAGUCUAGACGGCAGGUUGGGUGGACCAGGUCAUGGUCUCCCUCACAAGGUCAAUACUUUACAGUCAAAUUAAAGCUUUGUGUAGAAAAAAGAUAGUUUUAACCAUCAUAGGGGCAAAUUUCCAGAAAUGGCUGAGUUUUGGUGACUGCUGUCAUCAUCGUCAUUGUCAUCGUCAUUGUUGUCAUCAUCAUCAUCAUUAGUCUGUGGGAAACGGGGCGGGUUUAACAAGUAUUUAUGCAAAUAAAUUGUUUUUUAAACCUUCCUAAGGAAACAGUUUUAUGUGCACACCCUGGAAUCAGCCAUGUGUACAAAGCAAAGCUACCAGUGUAAAAAGGCUUUCAAAAUUCAAUUGUUCGCUAAUGCUCCAAGCUGUAAGGAAAGUGUAGUCACUACCUCAAGUCAGUGACAGUUCACAUAUGAACCAUUCAUGCAUAAAUAUCACUGCUGUAUUAUCUAAUAUAAAGUGAGAAUAUUUUGUUGUACAAUACAUCAAGUUAUAGUUUAUAAUAAUUGUCUAACUUCCUACAACCUUCAUUCUUUCACAUAGCAGCAUAUGUACUCAUAAACUAGCUGCGUUACCAUAAAUACAUGUUAUGUUGUGACUGAAUGUGUGCCUAUGCUUUGAAUUCACUCAUACAAUGAUACAUUAAGAAGUGUCCAAUUCCUAACUUGAAUACACCAUUAGGAUGGUGGUUAUGUAAAAUAAUUGCUCAAUGUUGUAACUAGGUUGGUUUUGUCUUUACCAUAAGCUUUCAUAAAAUUAUUCUUCUCAAAGCCAAA